UAAAAUUCAAUAUAAUAAGAGCAAUUAGAAUUUACCUGUUCCUGGCGAUGGCCGGAAUUGUUGUUUUAUAUGCAAUGUUCAAUAUGUGUGGGAUAGCAGAAAAUACUCUAAAGAACUUUCCAUCAGUUUUGAAUAGUUCAAUCGUAUUUAAUGGAUUUCCAAGUGAUGAUGAAGAUAAAUUGGCUCUUGCACAUGUGUCUGAAAUUGUUGUUAAAGUAGAGAAGAGUCUGCAUUUUUGUCCACAGAGUCCACCACAUCUAGAGGGGAAGCGGAAAUUGGACAUCAAACCUUGUAUAUUAGCAGAAUGCAACAAAAAAGCUUCACAGUUUGAGGAUAAAUCAAUGGAAAUGUGUAACUUAAUGCUGUGUAAUAAGUCAGUCUGUGCACAAGUCAAAUGUGCAAAGUCUAUAAGAGCUUCCUCUGUCAAUUACACAAAUCAUAUCGUAACAUCAAAUACCACUUUAAAAGAGUGUCAUUAUAAUAACAAUCCAACACUUCAACAGUUUCAAAGAACUGUCCUUCGUUUUGGGGGACAAUGGAAGCCCCCACACUGUAUUCCUGUACGACAUAUAGCCAUCAUUAUACCAUUCAGAGAUCGUGAUGAGCAUCUGUGUAUUCUCCUGAAGAACCUUAUACCGAUGCUAAUGUCGCAAUUAACAGAGUUCAGAUUUUUUGUCAUAGAACAGACAGGAAACGGUACAUUUAAUAAAGGAAGGAUAAUGAAUGCUGGUUUCCUGGAGGCAAUGAAGACGUACAAUUUUGAUUGCGUUAUAUUUCAUGACGUCGAUCUUAUUCCGGAACAUGAUGGGAAUCUUUACGAUUGUGGAGACCAUCCACGCCAUCUAUCGGUGGCUAUUGAUAAAAUGAGUUACAAACUUAUGUACUCCUUUUUGGUAGGUGGGGUGUUAGGGUUUAGACCAGAUCAAUUCCGUCGCGUCAAUGGAUAUUCGAAUGCGUUUUGGGGCUGGGGAGGCGAGGAUGAUGAUAUGGCACUGAGAAUUACAUAUUCUGGACUUAGAAUAACGCGUCCACCAGCGACUGUUGCCCGUUAUAAAAUGUUAACCCAUGCAAAGAGAAAGCCCUGGAAUAAAAGAGUAGCAAUGUUGCGGACUUCCAGGCGUAGAAUGCGUAAAGAUGGAGUGAAUAGUGUGCCUUAUAAAAUUGUAUCCGUCGAGGUGUAUGCGUACUAUACCAAGAUAGAAGUUGAUGUUGGAAAACAAUGAAUACUUCUUUAUUACAUAAAAUCUGCAUUACAUGUAUUUGCACAACUCUUCUGGCGGUUUGGAGCCAAAUGACACAUGAUGAGAUUAUUUGUUUUAUUUCUAUUUUUUAUGCCAGUCGCCACUGAAUUACUAGGAUAUACAGCAUUACCCCUUUCCGUCUAUCAUUUUGUCAUUCGGUCAUUCCAUCGUAGUUUUUCCAUACUUUCCUUUUUGCCAUUCUUGAAUAUAAUAAGCUGACCUUU